AUGGAGGAGGAGCAAAACAAGGAAGAAAUUAUCCAUCAGUUGGAGGAAGGAAAAGCAAAGACAAGAAAAGGUAAUUUGAUUUUGAAGAAGCGAAAGGGAGAGUUGCACGAGUCUUCCAAAAAUUGUUUAUUCAUUUCUAGUAACAAGAGGACGGAGGAAUUGAAGAACUUCAUGCACGAUCUCUAUAACCUGCACAAACCUUUCACAUGCUACAUGCCUAAAGUGCACCCACAAUUGGCGGAUAUACAAACGAAGCUUAAUGAGGUGGUGGAUUUAUGUGUACAUAACAACUGUUCCUUUUUUUUUUCCGUUUUUUCCACAAAAAAAAAGCCAUCCAGAUUUAUUAUGGGAAGACUGUACAACAACAAGUUGUUUGAUUUUUAUGUCUUUACUUUGCUAUCCUAUAUUCCUAUGAAAAUGUUUCCACAGGCAAAAGAUAUCCUUUUUGACACCAAGCCGAUUGUCCUGAUUCAGGGUUCAUACUUUGACGAGACUGACGUUAGGAAGAAUAUACGAAAUGUCCUCUUCGAUUUUUUCAAGCACAGAAACGUAGACUCCGUGAGCACUUCCUCUAUUCAGCGCCUUAUCGUCAUUAGCGCUCUCACAGAGGGUACCAACUCCAACCAGGUACUCUCCUUCCGACAGUACCUACUCAAAAAGGAACACUUGUGGCAUCCGCAGACAAGUAGUGAGCCCCUUCCCCCCUUGGAGGAAAUCGGACCACGCUUCAACUUUGUUAUCGACAACUCCCAAAUUGCAAACUACCACCUAUUCGAAGAGGCAACCAAAAACGUGGACCAAUUGUUAAAGAAGAAAAGCAAGAAAAAGAAAAUAAAGAACGUUCAAGUGGAUGAAAUGGGAAACUCCAUCAAGCGGGUAUAUGUACAGAAGCAAAGCUUUGGAAAGUUGCAUACGAAACAUAGCAAGCUUCACAAUCGAGCGAAGAAAGCGGGUCGCAGGACCCAACCGAGUGAAGGGAAAAAUGCAAAUGCCACAUCCCAAGCGUUUUAA